CCCCGCCAUUUUUGCCAUUUUCGGCUAAUAAAAAAGCCCACAGCUCAAAAAUUCAAAGAUGAGCCGAGUUUCCUCCGAACACAGCGAGUGUUCCGCCUCACCAAAGCGGCUCUCUGCCACCUUCCUUAUAAGCAUCUCCUCCCUCAUAUCUCUCUGUGCCAAGCAAGCCAGUCGAGUCACGAGUAAGCUCAAAGCCAAAUCGAAACCGGUUAGCAAAAAAUUUUACCAAGAGCGAAGUUACAACACUUCUUUAUCAGUUCCUCCGAGUCCGAUGUCGCCGUUAAGGGCCCGACCGAAGCAGCUUAUUACGACGAUAAGCAACAAGGCGAUCAAAUUUAUGAACAAGAAAAAAGUCGGCGAGGAGAAGGAGGACGAUGCGAUUUUCCAUGCGUCUAGGGAGGAGGAUUUUGGGGACGGCGGUGUGUGGCAACGAGCCAUUUUGAUGGGGGAUAAAUGUCAGCCGUUGGAUUUCUCAGGUGUAAUUUAUUAUGAUAGUAGGGGGAAGCGGCUGAGCGAGGUGCCUCUGAGGUCGCCACGUGCGAGUCCGUUGCCGGGAUAUCUUGCACGACGACAAGAGACGUGAUCUGAUAUUGUCACAGGCGGGUGAGCCAUGGAGUUGAGUCAAGUCACAGCUAAACGGUAUGUGUCGUGCGUGUUGGUGUUAUGGGUGAGCACAAAGAGAGCUUCGGGGUCAUGCUGAGGGGAUGAUCAAGUCGUUUGGUCAAAGCGGUGUCGUUUUAGAUGUGUAUGUAUUAGAUGGCAUAUGUAUAUAUAAGGGUGAGUCUCUUGGAGAAUUUUAAUUGUGUCCCUAAGUAGCUCUUCGUAUGAAGACAAGAAAUAUAGAAUUUCUUGCUAAAUAAUAUUUUCGAGAUAUAAACUCUCAAAAACAUAAAUAAUUUCACCUUUUUAAUAUUUUCU